UUUUCUGUCAGUCCGGUUCUGUUGAUGCCGAAGUGCCACGCCAUUCCUAUUCGGUUUUUCGUUUGUGUUGGAACGCCGGCUUUCGAUCGAUUGCCGUCGGUGUGUGAAAUCGCCAUGAGCAAGUGAAUUCCAGGGAGGUCGCUUCGAACCAGGGAAAACAACCUUUGCCCGGGGGAGUCUGUCGGGCAGGCGACAUCUUUAAUUUUUCAUCUUUAUACCUCUCUGAUAAUCAUCUCUGUCGGGGUCGUCUGGUGAAGGGUUCUAGUCAAAAGACAGAAUUAUUGUUUAAGUUUUUUUGGAAAUCGAAAGGGAACUAGCUAGCAGCCGGUCUUAAAAAUGGAGCAGGUUUCCAAGCUACGCAUGAAUCUCGAGAAGCAGGAGCAUCUGGUCAAGAUGGGAAUUUUGACCACGGCUGCGAUUCUCUCCUUCUCUACGCGUCUAUUUUCGGUGCUCCGGUUUGAAAGCGUGAUUCACGAAUUUGAUCCAUAUUUUAACUAUCGCACAACGAAGUAUUUGGCGGAGCAGGGAUUUUACAGUUUCCACAAUUGGUUCGAUGACCGAGCCUGGUAUCCUUUGGGCCGUAUCAUCGGUGGAACGAUCUAUCCCGGGCUAAUGGUGACCUCGGCCACGCUUUAUCGCAUCAUGUGGCUGCUGAACAUUACGGUGGACAUCCGGAAUGUGUGCGUGUUUUUAGCACCGUUUUUCUCGUCCUUGACAACUAUUGUAACGUAUCUGCUGACGAAGGAAAUUCACAGCACCGGAGCAGGACUGGUGGCUGCUGCCAUGAUUUCUAUCGUUCCGGGUUAUAUUUCCCGAUCGGUGGCCGGUUCUUACGACAACGAAGGCAUCGCAAUCUUCUGUAUGUUGUUGACGUACUAUAUGUGGAUCAAAGCCGUCAAAACGGGUGCCAUUUUCUGGGCUACGAUGGCUGCUUUGGCCUAUUUCUACAUGGUCUCGUCUUGGGGAGGAUACGUGUUCCUAAUCAAUCUGAUUCCCCUGCACGUGCUGGCUCUGAUGGCCACCGGAAGAUUCACCCAUCGGGUGUACAUUGCCUACAGCACGCUCUACACCAUCGGAACCAUCCUAUCGAUGCAAAUCUCGUUCGUCGGCUUUCAACCGGUGCAAAGUUCCGAACACAUGCUCGCUUUCGGAGCUUUUGGAUUGUGCCAGCUGCAUGCUUUCGUUGACUACGUUCGAUCCCGCAUGAGCAAAGAACAUUUCGAUAUCCUUUUCAACGCUCUGGUCCUCUCCAUCGCUUCCAUCUCGAUAGGUCUCGGACUAAUCCUAACGGUAACCGGUAAAAUAUCACCCUGGACCGGUCGUUUCUAUUCCCUUCUGGAUCCCUCCUACGCCAAAAAUCACAUUCCCAUCAUUGCGUCCGUGUCCGAACAUCAGCCUACCUCCUGGUCCUCGUUCUACUUCGAUCUGCAGAUACUGGUGUUCCUGUUUCCGGCCGGGCUGUACUUCUGCUUCGCCAAGCUGACCGAUGCCAACAUCUUCAUCAUCCUGUACGGCGUUACCUCGAUUUAUUUUGCGGGUGUCAUGGUUCGUCUGAUGUUGGUGCUAGCUCCGGUCAUGUGCGUCCUAUCGGGCAUCGCCAUCUCGCACCUACUUACCAAGUACAUCCGGAACGUGGACGGGGCCGGUGGACUGAUGGGCGGUGGUUCCGGCAGUUCCGGUGCGUCCGGCACCGGUAAGGCCUCCGAGUCCAAAAAGGCCAAGAAGUUCGAACAACAGGCACCGAUGAAGAAGGAAAUUGCGAUCGCAUUCGUUGUGGUCGUCACACUGCUGCUGAUCACCUACACCUUCCACUGCACCUGGGUCACCUCGGAGGCCUACAGCUCGCCGAGCAUCGUGUUGAGUGCUCGAUCCCACGACGGUGGCCGGAUCAUUUUCGACGAUUUCCGUGAGGCUUACUACUGGCUGAAGAUGAAUACCCCGGAUGAUGCUCGAAUCAUGUCCUGGUGGGAUUACGGCUACCAGAUAACGGCCAUGGCUAAUCGAACGAUUUUGGUGGACAACAACACCUGGAAUAAUACACACAUUUCCCGGGUUGGGCAGGCGAUGGCUUCGACCGAGGACAAGGCGUACGAAAUUAUGAAAGAACUGGACGUCGACUACGUGCUGGUCAUUUUCGGCGGUCUAACUGGUUACUCAUCGGAUGAUAUUAACAAAUUCCUGUGGAUGGUUCGAAUCGGUGGAAGCACCGAUCGGGGUGCGCACAUAAAGGAAACCGAUUACUACGCCUCCAGUGGAGAUUUCCGCAUCGACAAGGAGGGUUCGCCCACGCUGCUCAACUGCUUGAUGUACAAAAUGUGCUACUAUCGGUUCGGGCAGGUUUACACCGAGGGUGGCAAGGCCCCCGGGUAUGAUCGGGUUCGGGGAGCCGAAAUCGGCAACAAGGACUUUGAGCUGGACGUUCUCGAAGAAGCCUACACUACCGAACAUUGGCUGGUGCGAAUCUAUAAGGUGAAGGACAUGAGUAAUAGGGGCGUCUAACUGAGGUUAGGUGGUUGUGGACAAAACAUUCUCGAACAACAAGUCAUCGUCUGCUUUGGUCAAUCUUGGCGGCAGUACUGCGCAACUGAACUGAUUAAUUAUUGCCUAUUUCUCCCCCAUUGCAUGAUGUGAAAGAUAUUGCUUCUGAUUGGGAAGAUUCCUUAUUGAGUUUAUCAGCACUCACACCCACAUAACUUACCUCGGUAGAUAAAUUCUAUUGCAAUUUGAACAAAUUUGAACGAAGUUCUUCUGAAAAAAAAAACAAAAAAGCACUAA